GCGUCUCUGCAUUCUAUAAAUGCAAAUGUUUAUGUAUUCAGUAGGAAAAAACGAAGAAAGGAGAAUUGGACAAAAUCUCUCUUUCUUUUACUUUCCUUUGCUCAUGUGCUGAGCACUCCCCCUCCUUGUAAAUUUAAUAUAUCAAUAAGAAAUUUGCAAUUGCCUACGGACUACUAUCCUACAAUUGAAUUCCCACUCAUGGAAAUUUUCGUCGAAACUAUACAAAUCCACCACGACGAUGCUCCACAAAUUGGCCGAGAUUGGGGAGCUUUCGAUUCCCAAAAUAUGACUCAACAAUAGGUGGAUGACAACUCACAGAUGAGUCAACAGUGGGGGGAAUACAUAGCGAUGUUAUCAAGCCAAGGGUUUCCGUCAUCUUCCAACUACAAAAAUUUCCCGGGUACGUAUAACACUAAUUUCGGUGCAGGUACUUCUAACACCGAUUUUGGUGCAUGCACAUCAAAUUAUGAGAUAGAGUGUUAUACUCCCAACCUGUUGUCUGUUACGCAAGGGCUCGAUAAUAUUGAACUCAAUUACACAGACCCACCCACUCACAUACUCCAUCCAUCUCCCAUUUUAUACCAACUUCUACACAAGACACUGUCGCCAGAAGACCCUAUUGCAGGCAGUUUGGCUAAUGAAUCAGAUGCAGCUUCCGAACCGAAUGAAAUGGAUUAUCCAAUUCCACCGGAGGAUGGAAUACAAGAUGUUGACAUAAAUGUUGUGGCCGAAAAUUUUGUACAAGAGCAAACAAUCCCGGAGGUACCAAUGGAUUCCAUUGGUGUACUGAACUUAGGAUAUGCAAAAUUUUAUGACAAAAACGAAGGCAGACUUGAUGUGUGAAUGCUAUUCAAAAAUAAAGAAGCUUUAAUCAAGGCGGUGAAAGAUCACUCAAUAUGAUAUGUCCGAUGCAAGUAUUGGGUAGCUAAGAGUUCAAAGGCCAAGUGGAAAGUAUUGUAUAAGCAUAACACUGAAGCUAUGUGGUGUAGAUGGGAGCUACGAGGCAUUUUCAAACAAAAAAUGGGAAGGUGGACAAUAACAAAAUACGAAAGGGAUUAUACAUGUAUAUUGAAUCAAAUGCCCCUCGAACACGGUAAUUUAGAUAGAGUAUAUGUUGCGUCUUUAUUGUUAGGACAGGUGAAAUGCAACCCAUCGUACGAAAUAAAGCAUGUCAUCCAGACUGUGAAAGACCAUACCGGAUACGAUAUACCAUAUCAAAAGGCAUUGUACAGUUUGAAAAUGGCACGUGAGAUGGUUUAUGGCACAUGGGAGAACUCCGUUCAAAACCUACUCAAAUACUUGGGAGCUCUCCAAAAAUAUAAUUCAAGAACGAUUGUUGAAUGGCAAAACAAAGCCCGCGACACAUCAACCGGUGGAUAUGUUAUAGGGUACAUAUUCUGGGCGUUCAAGCCGUGUAUUGAAGGGUUCCAACACUGUCGCAACCUUAUCAGUGUAGAUGGGACCCAUCUAUACAGAAAGUACAAGCACAAGAUGUUGAUUGCUGCUGCCAAGGAUGAAAAUCAACAAGUACUUCCGCUUGCUUUUGCAAUUGUCGAUGAAGAAUCACAUUUAUCUUGGAAGUGGUUUUUUAGACAAUUGAGCAGACAUACUAUACGGGGGCGACGGGGUAUCUGCCUUAUUUCUGACCGCCAUGCUGGAAUCACAAGAGUUGUACGUGAAUAUCCGGAUUUCGUGUCACCUAACGACAUGCACCGAUAUUGCUUGCGGCAUGUGUGUUCCAAUUUCAACAGUAAACACAAAAAUGUUGUGUUGAAGGAUCUUUGUUGGAAAGCUGGCUCUGAAUAUCAGAUCAGAAAAUUCAAUCGCAUUAUGGAUGAGAUAAAGAGCCAGUCACUAGAGGCAUUUCAGUGGUUAGAUAGGAUCGACAAGGAAAAAUGAACAGCAUCACAUGAUGGUGGAUGGCGAUGUGGAAUUUUGACGACAAAUAUGUCGGAAUGCAUAAACGGAGUAUUGAAAGGGGUUCGCCGCCUACCGUUGACAGCAAUUGCUGAGAUGACGUUUCAGCGAAGUGUCCAUCAUUUCCGUGAGAAGUUAGCGAGAGGUAUUGUAAUGUUGGCCAACAACCAACUGUGGAUGGAUUUUGCACAUAAAAUGUUCACACGUUGGCAUCAAAAUUCUGUUGAACAUACCGUCACCAAAUACCAUCAGUUCCAACAGUCCGCCUCGGUUGUUACAAGACGUCACAGUAGACAUGGAGUCAACACCCAUGUUGUCAAAAUUGCGAACCGAGAAUAUUCUUGCGACAAAUGGACUCAAUUUGGUAUUCAUUGCAGUCACGCUCAAAAGGUAUGCGCUGCAUACAUGAUUAAUGCUGCAUUAAUGGUGAAGGAUUAUUACGAUAUAAUGGCUUAUAAGAAUACAUAUUCUAAGUCAUUUGAACCUGUGCAUUCCGAAAGUUAUUGGGAUGUACCGGGAUUUGAGUUGGUCCACGAUCCUACUAUUCGCAUCUCUUCGCGCCCUGGUCCAAAUCAAACAACACGUAUUCACAAUGAGAUGGAUUGGGCGCAAAUGCGUGCACGACAACAAGCACAACAAAGAAAUUUUUCAACACAAUCAGAUGUGUCAGUACCGGGUAACCAGAAUUAAUUGUAUACUUUUUGUAUUUUUUACAAUUGUACAAAAAUGUACACUUUUACAUUUAUACAUUUAAUACAAUUGUACAAAAUAAAUAACUAUUACAUUUGUAUCCUUAAUUAUAAUU